AGUAAAGCGUUAUUGGAUGAAAGCGGGACUCUUUGCUGCCGGGUAUUUUGAAAGUUUUCGGCAGUCAUAUGAGUUCCAGGCAAACAGGCAAGAUGGGGGACAUCUUGGCUAAUGAAGCCGAUCUUCUUGGGAUGAUCAAGGAGUACCUUAAAUUUGAAGAAUUUGAAGCGACAAUUCACAGUUUUGAGAAGGAGUGCAAAAGCAAAGGCAAACUUGUCUCAAAGCCUCGGGGGAGUACUCUCAGGGACUCAAAGACCCGUGUCAUUCAGAAAGACCUCCUCGGGUCUUUUGAUGAUGGAGACCACAAGGUGUUUUUUGAACUGUGGACCGAGAAUAUUCCUCCCAAAGUUAAAGGCACAGAUGUAGAGGCCCAGGGACUGGAGUUCUACCUUCACAUCCACUUCACAAUCUAUCCACUGAGGAGGCACCCUGUAGGACAUGACCAAGCUGAGUUUGAGGAGAGGAUUUUACUCUUCAAGCAGUACCUGGAAACUCGAGGGGCAGCUCUGAGCCAGACCACAGAGUUUCUGCCUUACUAUGCUUUGCCUUUUGUUCCCAACCCUACUGUCCACCCGUCUUUCAAAGAUCUAUUCCAGGAUUCCUGGAUACCACAGUUAAGAGACAAGCUGGUGCGGUUCCUAUCAGUGACACUUAAGCCAUCUAACAGCCCGAGGCUGCUGACUUUAUAUAAGGAGGGUGGAAGUGGUAUUAAAGAGGCCAUGCAGCAGUUACAGCUCCAGCUGGCUGAAUCAGACCGCCGCAGCACCAGCUACAAACGGAAGCUGAACAAGAUGACGGCCGACUACUAUAACCUGAUUGGAGUCACUGCUGAAUUGGUCGACACAUUGGAGGCCACUGCCAGCGGAAAAAUGAUCUCCCCUGAGUACCCGCAGAGUGUCUAUGUUCGCCUGUUCAGCAGCCAGAUGAGACAGAGUGUGGUGCAGAGCAGUGACUUCACCAGGCCUGGCACUGGAUAUUACUCUAUGAGUCCCUAUGAUGAUGGCUAUGCCUCUUCUAUGCUACGAGCAUCCAUUGCACCACAGAGACCUAAGGAGGUGCCAAUGUUGCCUUCGUUAGACUAUGAGAAGCUUAAGAAAGACCUCAUUGAAGGGUCAGAUAGACUCCAGUCUCUACUGCUUCAGGCACUGCGCUGGAGACUCACUCACUCACUCCCCGGUGAACAGAGAGACACUGUGCUUCAGGCCUACAUCAGCAACGAUCUUCUGGAGUGUUACAGUACUAACGAGCCAACUGUGCUUCAUUUAAUGAGAUCGUCAAACGAGAUUGUCUGCCAGUACAUGGCUCGGCUCAUCAAUGCAUUUGCUUCGCUUGCAGACGGCCGUGUGUACCUCUCCCAAAUUCCCAUUCUUCUGAAACUUCUGACAGAAACACUCAGGAAGGAGGGAAAAGAAUCCCUCACUAGGGAAAAUGUCCUUGUGGCCCUGCAGAAACUCAGCCUCAGGAGGAGCCAGCAGACAGCCAUGAUAGCAGAUGAUUUGAUUGGUUGGUUGGUGGAUGAGCUCCAGGACUCUGACUCCCUCAGUGAUUACACCCUAGAGUACAGCAUAGCUCUGCUUAUGAACCUGUGUUUGCGAACAAGGGGAAAAAAGAAGUGUGCAGAAAAUGCCAAGCAUGUGCUAAAAGUUUUGACUGACCUCCUUGGACAUGAGAACCAUGAGAUUCGACCAUAUGUAAACGGAGCCCUGUACAGCAUCCUGUCCAUUCCCUCAGUGCGACAGGAAGCCAAAGAGAUGAGUGUUGAAGAGAUUCUCCACUGCUACAGCAAAGAGGAGAACCCAGACCUCAACAGACAGUUUGAAUUCAUCAUUAAGCAGCUAAACUCAGCUGAGGAGGAGGGUUCAGAGUCGGAUGAUGAGGAGGAAGUGGAUGAAAAUGAUGAAGAUUUAAUGGAGAUUGACAUAGAUAAAGAGGAAGUUCUUCAGCCACAGCACAAAGAACUGUCUGGGGAGAGCCUGCUCACCACCGAGUACCUGGGAAUUAUGACCAACAUGACAAAAGUGAAGAGGAAACCAACCCCACAAACAACUGCUGAUGAGCCUCUACAACGACCAGUCACCCCUAGUUCCUAUCGUAAUAUUGGUGUGGGGGAUUAUCGUCCCAGCAGUCGGGGAGGUGAGAGUAAUAGGGACAGGGAAUGCCCUGUGAGCAGACAGAAGAGCGAGGAAGGAAGCCUGCCUCCUUCUCAAUACAACUCGCGACCUCCUACGCGCUCCGGCAGUCGCCCCAGCACUGCAGAGUCCCUGCGUCACAGCGUUGACUCUGAGUGUGGGCGGUUGUCCCAGGAGUCAGAAUUGGAAAGGCCAUAUAAAGGUAGACCCAAACAGGGAUGUUCCCAGGAGGAAAGCAAUGGACAUACUACCAGAGGUGAUUAUAUUCAUGCAUUUGCAAGCCAGCCCAAGAUUCCUCGUACACCUGACACUGCAGCCAACCAGACCAGUGCUCACCAGGGUAGAGGCCUGGCCCUGGCUCCUCAGUUCUCACAGUCUGAGCCACAGCAGAGCAGCCAGCCUGGCUCUGCCAGCUCCACAGGAGGAGGGGGGAAUGGAGGCAAGCAAUCAAAGAGGAGGUGAGGAGGGAGCUGUCACCACAGGGUAGCACUAUCUUCCCAGGAGAAUCGGACUUCCUGUAACAUCAUCCCACUAGGUUACGAUCAGGGUCAAACAGGGAUGGUCGAGGCUCAGUGGCAAGAGGAGGAGCAGGAGUGGGUGGAACAACGUGUAGGAUUGUGCCCCCACCCCCCCUCGGCUUCAGCACAGACUACUUAUGUAACAUGAUAUGAUUUUGAACAAUAAUCACAACCCCAAGUCAUGCUACUCUGUGCACCUGGCAGCCUUCUUUGGCCCUGCGUUUCUGCAGUCUGCAGGUGUGGUUAUGUGUAUUUAUGAUAUUUCUGUUGCAAUGCUUUAGGGUUAGGGUGGUGGUUCUAAAUAAACAUAUGAUGUGUUA